AUGUCUAUAACUACUUGCCAGAAGGUUACUCUUAUAUCAUGCUCUGUUCUCUGUAUGUCUCUCUUUCUGCCUAGAAUGCUUUUACCCAGAGCGAAAAAGGAGAUGGGACGGCCUGAGGUUGGACCCGGGUACUACCCUCCUGUGAUUCACCAGCUGUCAUUGCCAGAGGACCCAGAGCGCUGGGGCGUGGACCCUUCUGUUUACUCAUUGACACACAGUGCUGAGGUCAUGGCCAAAUUUAAAAGCAUGGGACAAGGCAAAAAACACAACCUGAUGGGUCAAGUGAUACCCAUAUAUGGCUUUGGGAUACUUCUUUACAUUCUUUAUAUAAUCUAUAAGCUGACAAUAAAGAGCAAUACUAUGAAAUCAAGAGACUACACUACAGUAUCCUACUGUAAAGCAAACAUGGAGAAUAAGAUUAAACCCGAUGAGGAUCUUAUAAGGCUUCAGCAGAAACUUCUACAAACAGAAAAGAAGAUGGAGAGGAUUGUCUCCGGAAAGAGUCGUUGUUCUCGGAGUGGAAGAAGUAAGAAGAGUAAAACUUCAAUAUCGAAGAAGGAGGAGAAACUACUCAAGCAACUCAGACAGAUCACACAGCUGAUACAAGAGGGCCGGAUGGAGGCAGCCACCCCAGAGAUGGAGGCUGAGGAGACCCCCUACUGUGCAGACUGGGAAGGUUACCCAGAGGAGACCUACCCAGAUUAUGAUGAGCCCUGGAAAAGACAUGAGUUUGACAUCUAUAAGCUGGAGGAACCCACCUACCAGCCCACCGCCGAGGCCCUGGCAGAGAGGAUGGAUCAGGAGGAGGAAGAGAUGAACUCAAGGAAACUAUCUGUAGUGGUAGAAGAGGAUGAAGAGGCAGAGGAGGAGGACGAAGAGGACGUUGAGGAUAAAGAGGAAGAAGAGGAGGAGGAGGAGGAGGAGGAGGAGGAGGAGGAGGAGGAGGAGGAGGAGGAGGAAGAAGAAGAGGAAGAGCAAGCAGAGAAAAAUCAUUUGCUCAGUCUUCCCUCAUCCCUCCCUGUUUCAGAAAGAAGGCCGGAGAGACUUGGUUUGGAGGUGAGCAGAGAGCUACAGUGUCUCAAAGAAGGGAAGAAGCAGAUUAGCUUUAGUGAACACAGAGAUGUGUUUCAGUACCCUAGAGAGGAUGCUUAUAAAGAAGAGGAGGAAGAAGAGGAGGAAGAAGAGGAAGAGGAUGAUGGGACAGAGGAGGAAGUGGAUGAGGAAGAUCCAGUGAUGGAGGCAGAGAGCCUGCAGUUCAGCUGUGAGGGUUGUCCCAACCCAGAGGAGGAAGCUGAGGAGUUUGAUGAAGAGUUCCUGUUAAUGUUAGAGUCUGUGGAGGGUGAAGGUCUUAUCCAUGCUGACAUGCAUAAAGAAGUCGGGGUGAGUGGGCUGAGGAUGCGGAACAGGAGGGAAACAUAA